CCAAGCUAGGCUAAUCUUAAAAAAAUCAAGAUGAGAUUCGCUGUGGUCGUAUUAGCAUGCGUCUUGGCAGUCGCCAACGCCCAAUUCAACCAGGGCCAAUACUUCGGCCAACAGGACCAGAGCGGCCAAUACAAGAAGUACAACGGCCAAUACAACGCCUACAACCCCUACAACCAAUACAACAACCGUUACAACAACCAAUACAACCGUUACAACAACCAGUACCAACAAAACUACACCCCCUUCAAGCAAUUCGCAUCCACUACCCCCUUCCCAGUCCGUGCCGUCACUGUGACUGAAGCCCCCGCCGCCAUCGCCGCCGUUAAGGUCAGCAGCGCCCCAGCUACCAGCCCCGUGGUCGUCCCCGCCCCCGUCCCCGUCGUCCCCGUCGCCAGGGUUGUCGCUGAUGCCCGCUCCGCCGAGACCCUCAGAUACGGAAACGAAAUCAACGAAGACGGUGCCUACAACUACUUCUUCGAAACCAACAACGGUAUCGCCGCUCAAGCCCAAGGUACCCCACGCAACUUCGGUGGUAACCCCCCAGUCGUCCCUGAUGUCGCCCAAGGAUCUUUCUCCUGGACUUCCCCCGAGGGUGAAGUGAUCUCCAUCACCUACGUCGCCGACGAGAACGGUUACCAGCCAAGCGGCAACGCUAUUCCCCAACCCCCACCAGUGCCCGCCCAGAUCGCCCGUGCUCUUGAGUACAUCGCCAAGUACGCUCCCCCCACACCCGUCGCCUCCGCCAGCGCUGUCGCCAGGAACUAAAUAGCAUCUAAUACUUCUUAGCAUCUCAUCACCGACACAAUACAAUUCGCCAGAAACUAAUUCUAAUUUAAGACUUGUAUAAAUGUAUAAUAGUGUCAUAAAUAAAGAGCCUAAAAAGCAUUCUAGUAAUGCUAUGUACAAACUGAA